AUGCAAUACGUGGCUAUUAUUCCAGUGUUUAUUAUUUCCCGUCUGCCACUGAAAUUAAAAAUGAAUGAGGAUAUUAUUAAUGAUGAUAAUCAAGUGUUAAUUCGAGAAUUACAAAGAGAUUAUUUAGAUUUUUUGGAUGAUGAGCAAGAAAGCGGUAAAUACUAUGAAAGAACUAAAGCCAUGAUUGAAGACAAAGAUAGAAGAAUAAUUAUAAAUGUCAAUGAUUUAAGAAAAAAAAAUCCAAAUCGAUGUCGGGGUUUAUUGAAUAAUUGUUUUAUCGAGCUAGCUGCUUUUCAAAGAGCUGUCAAAGAAUAUGUGGCUAAUAUAGAUCCUGCUUAUGCUAAAGAAUAUGAAGAUUUUUUUAUAGGAUUCGAAGGAAAUUUUGGAAGCAAACAUGUCACUCCAAGAACGUUAACCAGCCAAUUUUUGGGAAAUUUGAUAUGCGUCGAAGGAAUCGUCUCUAAAUGUUCUUUUUCAAAGUUAAAAAUAGUUCGUAGCGUACAUUAUUGUCCAACAACGGGGAAGUUUUUAGAACGAAAGUAUACAGAUUUAACUUCAACUGAAGCCUAUCCAUCUUCAGCUGUCUAUCCUACAAAGGACGAAGAUGGGAAUUUGUUAGAAACUGAAUAUGGACUGUCUUGUUAUAAAGAUCAUCAAACGCUAACAAUUCAAGAAAUGCCUGAAAAAGCACCUGCUGGACAACUUCCAAGAUCAGUUGAUGUCAUUUGCGACAAUGAUCUUGUCGAUGCCGCAAAACCUGGAGAUAGAAUUAGAGUCAUAGGUUGUUAUCGAUGUCUGCCUGGAAAACAUGGAGGUUUCACAAGUGGAAUUUUUCGUACUGUUGUCAUUGCGAAUAGCAUUUCUCUCAUAACAUCAACAUCUAAUCUCAUUCUUUCGAGAGAUGAUAUGAAUAGAUUUAAAAAAUUGUCAAGAAGAAAAGACAUUUUUGAACUUUUAAGCAAAUCCCUUGCUCCAUCUAUUCACGGACAUGAUUAUGUCAAAAAAGCAGUUUUGUGUUUGUUACUCGGUGGAGCAGAAAAAGUUUUACCCAAUGGAACAAGACUUCGAGGUGACAUAAAUGUUUUGCUCGUGGGAGAUCCCGGUGUUGCCAAAUCACAAAUGCUUCGUUUUGUUUUACAAACGGCGCCAAGAGCAAUUCCGACUACAGGUCGAGGUUCAUCAGGAGUUGGUUUGACCGCAGCCGUCACCACCGAUCCCGAAACUAAUGAAAGAAGAUUAGAAGCUGGUGCCAUGGUAUUAGCUGAUAGAGGAGUUGUUUGCAUCGAUGAAUUUGAUAAAAUGUCUGACAUUGACAGAACGGCUAUCCACGAAGUUAUGGAACAGGGUAAAGUGACCAUAUCCAAAGCUGGAAUCCACGCACGUUUAAAUGCUAGAUGCUCCGUGUUGGCUGCUGCAAAUCCCGUGUAUGGAAAAUACGAUCAGUAUAAAACUCCAAUGGAAAAUAUUGGACUCCAAGAUUCCCUUCUAUCCCGUUUCGAUUUGCUUUUUGUUUUAUUAGAUAUCGUUGAUACAGAAGAUGAUAAAAGGAUUUCGGAUCAUGUUGUUAGAAUGCAUAGGUACAGAAAUCCAAAUGAACAAGAUGGAGAAGUACUUUCGAUGAACACGGGUGCGGAUUUAAUAUACACAUCAAACGAUACUGGAAAGAAUAAUGAAAAUGAUAUGUUUGAAAAAUAUAAUCCUUUGCUGCAUGGGAAAAAUCGAUCCAAAAAAGAUCAAAUAUUAACAAUAAAUUUUAUAAAAAAAUACAUAAUAAUGUGUAAAUCAAUGAAACCACCAAUUUUAUCAGAAGAAGCAUCACAACUCAUAUCGGAAGAAUAUUCCAGACUUAGGUCUCAGGAUACAUUAAGUUCCGACGUUGCCAGAACUCAACCCAUUACGGCAAGAACAUUAGAAACGUUGAUACGUUUGUCUACGGCACGAGCCAAAGCGAGAUUUUCAAAAACCGUCGAUGCGGAAGAUGCAGCUACUGCCAUUGAAUUAGUUCAAUACGCCAUUUUUAGAAAAGUACUCGAUAAAAGAGAUAGAAAGAAAAGGAGUCGAAACGAAGACGAAGAAGAAAUGGACGUGGAUGAUGAUGAAGACAACGAAAUACGAGAUCAAAGAUCAAAACGUUUAAGAAGUACACAGGAAGCUGAUGAGUUUGAAAGAUUGACGAGUCAAGAAGAACAACCUACGCCAUCAUUGGCCGAAUUAAGGGAACAAUCUCGCAUCACAAGAGAAAAAGGAGGAACGAGUCAAACGACACAAAUCGAUGUCUCGAACGAAAAGUUGAAGGUAUUCAAGGAUACGAUAUCGAAAAUUUUUGUGGCGACGAGAGAACAAUCACUUCCCAUGCACGAAGUUAUGAGUUAUUUAAAUUCUCAACCGGAACCAAUGGCGAAAGAAGAAAUCGAUGCGUGUUUUCAAAUUCUUUCCGAUCAAAAUUUACUCAUGAUUUCCGACAACACCGUUUAUUUAAUUUAG